AUGAGCAGUUCAAAUCCUUUUCCAGCUCUUGAGACUCUACGCUUUGAGGACAUGAAAGAAUGGAAAGAGUGGAAUAUUUGUGGGUGUGAAUUCCGUCUUCUGCGCGAGCUUUCCAUUGUUAAUUGUCCCGAGCUGUUAGGAAAAUUACCCAGCCAUCUGCCUUCAUUGCAAACGCUUGAGAUUAGAGAAUGUUAUGGAUUGGUGGUUUCAUUUCAAAACCUUCCUAUCAUAUCUCACUUCGAAAUCCAAGGAUGCAGAAAGGUUGAAUUAGGUAGAGGUUUUAGCGCAGCAAACUUCUUGAUGGUUAGUAAAGUAGAAUCAUUUUUAUUUCGACCGAAAGAGUUGAUGCAAGGCUUAAGAAAGUUGAAAAGCUUGACUGUUGGUAAUAAUUCUUUCUAUCCUCUCUCUUGUCCAAAAUGGGUGCUUUUUGAAGGCAUCGCUAAACAUGGUAAGUUGUUGCAUAAGGGCGUCGCUGAUAGUGGAAUUAAAAUUUUGGAAUUUUGUUGUUGUGAAGGGCUUGAGAAACUACCGCCAUGGAUUCAUAGCUUUAAGUCUCUGAGAAAGCUAUCUAUUGAAAACUGCCCGAGACUUAUUUCUUUGCCAGAUGCAGUGAUUUAUAAAAGUUUGUGUCUUGAGGAGUUGAAAAUUUUUGAGUGUGAUUCUCUAAUUUCCAUUGGAAGACACCAGCUACCCACAACUCUAAGAAGACUAGAGAUACUUAGCUGCCACGGAUUGCAGAGGCUGCUGGAUGUGAGAGAGGCUUGUUCCUCUUCUAGGUUUACUGAUAAGGAGAGUAUCAGCUGCGAUGCUAACUCAUCUAAUCUCCAGCACUUGCGAAUUGAUUGGUGCCCCUCUGUUACUUUCUUAGGGGCGUUACCUGCUUCUCUUAAAGUUCUGGCUUUCAAUUGUAACAUACAUGACAACGUAAGUGUAAAGUUAGAGUCAAUAGCUGAAAGGUUUGACAACAAUACAUCUCUUGAAUCUAUUGAAAUCGUAGGUGCUCCUUAUCUUAAAUCCUUACCCGAGAACCUGCACAUGCUCACCAAUCUCCUCCGCAUUUGGAUACAUUGCUGUGAGAAACUCGAGGCCCUUCCUGAUAGUAUGCACAAUCUCACAUCUCUUCAAGAAUUAACCAUAACGAAUUGUCCCAAUGUUGUUUCUUUCCCUCAGGGAGGGUUGCCCACCACUCAUCUGAAAAAAAUUAUAGUUGAAUCCUGUGAGAAACUUGAGGCCCUUCCUGAUAACAUGCACAAUCUCACUUCUCUUGAAGUUUUGGCUAUGCAAGAUUGCCCUGGCAUCAUGUCCUUUCCAGAAGAAGGUUUCCCCACCAACCUGAAAUCGCUUUCUAUUUAUGAGGUCGAGAUUUGUACCCCUUUGUUUAAUUGGGGUUUGCACAGGCUGACCUCUCUGGAGAAUCUCAGUGUUGCAGGUGGAUGUCCUGGUAUCGUGUCCUUUCCACAAGAUGAGGUAGAUACGAAAUUGUCUAACUCUCUUACCAGCCUUACCAUUGAAGGAUUCCAAGACCUAAAAUACCUUUCCAGCAAGGGUUUUCAAAGCCUCACGUCACUUGAAUAUCUGGUGAUCAAGAGUUGCCCUAAACUUGCCUCCUUUCCAAAGAAUGGCCUGCCUUCCUCUCUUUUGAGCUUGUAUAUCUACAACUGCCCUCAACUUGAGCAGAAGUGCCUGAAGUGUAAAGGGCAAGAGUUGCUAGAAUUAGCCCGCAUUCCAAAGGUGAAAAUUACAGAUAAUAAUCUGAAAGAACUCAAGCUAGAUUAUGUAUUUUCAUGA